UCUUUACGUAAUUGCGUCACUCCUACGUACAGCCCUUCCUCAGUGUGCGUCUGCAGCUUCGGCUUUGAAUUUUAGACAUCAUGGCGUCCCUAUCGAUGGCCCCGGUAAGCAUCUUCAAACAUGGAGCCGAUGAAGAAAAAGCAGAAACCGCUCGACUGUCGUCCUUCGUGGGCGCCAUCGCCAUCGGAGACCUGGUGAAGAGCACUCUGGGGCCGAAGGGGAUGGAUAAGAUCCUGCUGAGCGGAGGAGGAAAAAGUGGGACAGUGACAGUGACCAACGACGGGGCGACCAUCCUGAAGGCCAUCGGCGUCGACAACCCGGCCGCCAAAGUUCUGGUUGACAUGUCCAAAGUUCAGGACGACGAAGUCGGAGACGGGACGACCUCCGUCACGGUGCUCGCCGCCGAGCUGCUGCGGGAGGCGGAGCUUCUCAUCGCCAGGAAGAUUCACCCUCAGACGAUCAUCUCGGGCUGGAGGAAGGCCACUCAGGUGGCCCGAGAGGCUCUGAAGGAGGCGGCUGUCGACCACAGCAACGACCAGGCCCGUUUCCAGGAGGACCUGCUGAACAUCGCCCGCACCACGCUCUCCUCCAAACUGCUGACUCAUCACAAAGAUCACUUCUCCAACCUGGCGGUGGACGCCGUCAUGAGGCUCAAGGGCUCCGGGAACCUGGAGGCCAUCCACGUCAUCAAGAAGCUGGGAGGAAGCCUCACCGACUCCUACCUGGACCAAGGUUUCCUGUUGGACAAGAAGAUCGGCGUGAACCAACCAAAGAGGCUGGAAAACGCCAAGAUCCUCAUCGCCAACACCGGAAUGGACACGGACAAAAUCAAGAUCUUCGGCUCCAGAGUUCGCGUCGACUCGACGGCGAAGGUCGCGGAGAUCGAACUGGCAGAGAAGCAGAAGAUGAAGGAGAAGGUGGAGAGAAUCCUGAAACACGGCAUCAACUGCUUCAUCAACAGACAGCUGAUCUACAACUAUCCGGAGCAGCUGUUCGCUCAGGCCGGCGUCAUGGCCAUCGAGCACGCCGACUUCACCGGCGUCGAGCGCCUCGCCCUCGUCACCGGCGGUGAGAUCACCUCCACCUUCGACCACCCGGAGCUGGUGAAGCUGGGUCACUGCAAACUGAUCGAGGAGGUGAUGAUCGGCGAGGACACGCUCAUCCACUUCUCCGGAGUCGCCAUGGGUGAGGCGUGCACCGUGGUCCUGCGCGGAGCGACUCAGCAGAUCCUGGACGAGGCGGAGCGCUCGCUGCACGACGCUCUGUGCGUGUUGGCGCAAACCGUGAAGGAGCCGCGCACCGUGUACGGAGGAGGCUGCUCUGAGAUGCUGAUGGCGAAGGUCGUGAGCGAUUUGGCCAACAGGACGCCGGGAAAGGAGGCCGCCGCCAUGGAGUCGUUCGCCAAGGCUCUGAGGAUGCUGCCGAUCAUCAUCGCGGACAACGCCGGCUACGACAGCGCCGACCUGGUGGCCCAGCUGAGAGCGGCGCAUCAGGAGAACAGGAGCACGUUCGGGCUGAACAUGGCCGAGGGCUCGGUGGGCGACAUGGUGGAGCUCGGCAUCACCGAGUCGUUCCAGGUGAAGCGCCAGGUGCUGCUGAGCGCCUCCGAGGCGGCCGAGAUGAUCCUGAGGGUGGACAACAUCAUCAAAGCUGCUCCCAGGAAGCGAGUCCCCGACAACCACCCCUGUUAGAGACGACGGGCGCAGACGUUGAGCUUAUUUAUGUUUCUGCCGCGGCGCUCGCCGCUCUGUCGGAGCGACUCAAACAGGAAGUUUGAAUGUUUGUUUUUGUUUACUGAAAUAAAUAAACUGCUCCUCCA